AUGGGAGCUGCUCCUGCGACUCACUUUACGCGGUCCACCAAUGCGUGUGAUGCCUGUCGUCAGCGUAAGGUCAAAUGCUCCGGCGCAAGACCAUGUCAGGCGUGUGUUCGUCGAGGAGCCAAAUGCGAAUUCGGCUUCGUGGGCCGUCGCGGAUACUCUGAAGCAUACGUCCAGCGUCUGCUAGAUACCAUCAAGACGCAGGAUGACGAGCUCAAAAGAUUCCCCUCCCGGGAAGGGAUGAGCAGUGCUUCGCCGCGUCUGGAUCCGCGUCGGGAGCUGUCGGCCGAGGAGCCGGACAUGAGUGUUGAUGAAGAGGAGAGAGGCUCAAGUCCUGUUGCCGAGCUGGCCUCGGGUGCCGCCUUCGAGUCCCGCGUCAGAUCUAUCAUCCGACAGCAUGCCGGUUCCAAGUCACAUCACGCAGCGGCGUCGUCGUCGUCGUCGGCGGCAGCAGCAUCACCAUCCGGAGCGAACUCAUCAACACCCUUCGAGACGACGCACAGUGGCGGGAAUCUGGCAGGCGAGCAGUGGGCGCACGCGCGCAAGCUAUCGAGCUUCUCGACCACGGCUCUGGAGCUCCCGUCAAAGGACGAGUCGCACCGGCUAUUCGACGUCUUCAGCUCGCGCAUCGGGGCCAACCAGCACUUCCUCGACCCGCGAUCCUUCUUCGACUCGCUGGAUAUGCUGUACCAGGACGAGGAGUCGCGCUCCUCUCUGAUGCAGUCCAUGUGGUUCAGCCAGUAUCUCCUCAUCGUCGCCAUAGCCAAGCACAUAUGCUCCCGCAGCGACGGCGACCUGGCCGGCUCGGCGACGGCCGACACCUACUUCAACGAGGCCAUGGGCCGCCUGCCGCCCCUGCACGAGAUGGGUUCCCACGGCAUCACGUCGGUCGAGGUGCUCUGCCUGGCGAGCCUGUACCUGCAGUGGCGCGACCGCAAGCACGACGCCUACCUCUACAUCGGCUCCGCCGUGAGGCUCGCCCUCGCCCUCGGCUGCGCCCUCCCGAUCAAGGAGCAGCAGGGCCUGUCGUCGACGCGCUGGCACCGCACCCGCGUCUGGUGGACCACCUACAUCCACGACCGCCGCCUCUCGGCCGCGCUGGGCGUGCCCAUGGGCGCCGACGAGCGUCAGAUCCGCGCCGACCUGCCCAAGGCGGCCCCCGGCUUCGACGACCCCAUGCCCCUCAUCAUCAACAUCCAGAUCGCCCGCAAGACGGGCGAGAUCAUGACGUCCCUGUACGGCAACACGGCCGUCUCCUCCACCCAGAUCGUCCGCAAGAUCCAGACCACCAUGCAGGACCUGUACGAGACCCAGCGCUCCAUCCCCGCCCAGUUUACCAUCGACUUCACCCAGCCGCAGCUCCCGGCCGUGACGCGCACCAGCGCCUCGCUCUACCUCAUGCUGUUUCAGGCCAUCAUCCUCUGCAUCCGGCCCAUGAUCCUGCAGCGCGUGAAGGACAAGGUCCAGUCUUGGAGGGAGAAUCUGCCGCCGCCCGCGAAGUCGCCGUCCAUGACGGUUCUGUGUCAUUCAUGUCGUGGGGCUGCCAUCAAGAGCAUCCGGAUCCUAUCAGCCAUUCAGCAGCAAGGCCUGUUUGGUUGCUUCGACCUCGACGUCACAUUCUCAGCCGCCUUCAUCCUCGUCAUGAAAGGCUUCCUCGAGAUCAGCGACCUGCAGAAACCCCCUGAAGGACUGAGACAGGCAGCCGACAUGAUGCACUACCUGUCCGAGUCUGGCAGCGCAGCCGCUGGGAAGAGGCUCAACGAACUCCUGCAGUUCUGCCACCACGUGUGGCCUCCGGAGAAGAUGUCGGAUGAGUGGGGCAUCCUGAAGGAGGAUAUCUCCAAGACGUCGUCGGAUGGAGCUGGCAGCCGUGCUGCUGCGGCUCCCGCGUCCGCCUUUUGGGUUCCCCAGCCGGGCGAGGCUGGGAGGAUGGUAGAUGUCGGACCAGGGAGUACCGGCAGCGGAACCGCACACAUGCCCGAGACGCCUGCCACCCCGUACCAUGAAUCGCCGCCCAUCAUGGCUGCGUGGGCUGGAGGGGCGACGAGCGACUGGAACAGCGGAGCUCCCGGGUUUACGGACCUGGAGAACUUCAAUGCCGAUCUCAGCCUUGACAUGGGAACCAUCUACUCCUGCUACAACGAUCCCAGCCUGCCGCUCACGGGUAUUGACGAGUUGGACUGGGCUGAGGUGGGAAAGAUGUUUUCCAUGAAUUGA